GUGUGGCCACACUAAGGGAAAGGCUGUUGCCUCACGAGGCGAGGCUUUUGCGCGUGUGCAGGCUGCCUGUGAUGCUCAAAAUAAGGGCAAGGAUAUAUUCGUACUUGCGCGCACUGACUCACUCAUUCUUGGCUAGGACGAGGCUAUGACACGUGCCCGGGAGUUCAAGCGUAUCAGUGUCAAUGCCGUCUUCGUUGAAGCCCUGCCUGAUCGUCAGGCCAUAAGCAAGUGCGUUGAGGAACUAGACAUGCCAGUCUUUGCUAACAUCAUCGAGGGCGGCUUGACGCAGAACUUGUCCGCUAAGGAUCUUGCCAACCUCGGAUUCUGUGCUGUGGCUUAUCCGUGGACACUCGUUACUGCGAAGUUGAAGAGCAUCCGUAAGACUUUAGAGGCGCUAAAGAAGAGCAUAACUAAAGGCGCUCCACCUAUGAUACUGUCAUACUCUAAGGUUUGUGAGGGCGUGGGCUUUAAUCGGUAUUAGUAUAAGGAGGAACAAUACAAAUACAGUAAAGACAGACUUAUAAAUGUUGCAGCUGCCGCAAACGGACGCAAUAGCUUAAAUAGACAUUAAUAGGACUCCGCAUGUUUAAGAGAUAGGUAUUAGUCAAG